CUACGACGGCCGCACCCCGGGGAAUGAGCGCCACUGGUCCCCCCGCCGUGGUCUCGGGGGCGCCCUCAACCUCACCCUCCCGGCCACGCCCUUCGCACGCCCGCAGCUCGCCUUCCUCAACAUCGCCCACGUCCACGAGACCGACGCGGGCCUCUACAGGUGCCGCGUGGACUUCCGCAAGGGGAGGUCCGUCAACACCCACACCCGCCUGGAGGUCGUAGCACCGCCCACCGCCCCUGUGGUCGAGGUGUGGGCGGCCGGGCGGAAGCUGCACACCACCAAUGACUCUCCGGCAGCCGUGGUGGAAGUCGACACCGAGCUGACACUCCGUUGCUCUGCGUCAGGAGGGCGCCCUUCGCCGACCGUAACCUGGUGGCGCGGAGGACAGAAGCUCCUUGGCAGCAUAGACACAGGAGAGGACGGCCUCAUCACUAACUCUGUGUCCGUGAGGGUGAGGCCGGAGGAUGCCCAGGUGCCCAUCGUGUGCCAGGCGUCCAACACGCACCUCGUUCCGCCCCUGAGAAGACCUGUCAUGAUCCAGGUCAUGUCCCCGCCCCGGUACGUGCGUGUCAUCGGCGCGGACCAGGUCAUGUCGGCCGGAGACACGUACACCGUCGAGUGCAAGAGCGUGGGAGCGCAGCCUCCGCCCGUGCUCUCCUGGUCCGUCGCCGGCGAAGUGCCUGGGCGUGCGCAGUCGUCGACAGAUUCCGAGGGCGUGACUGUCAGCCGCCUAAGGUACACGCCCGCACCCUCCCACGCGGGCGCCCACAUCACCUGCACCGCCCGCCCGCCCGACCACGGGGGCGUUCUCUCUACCCACGCCCUCCCGUCGUCCUGGUCCAUGGCAGAUUCCGUGCCUUUGCAGAUUAUGUACAAGCCUGAGGUGCAACUCGAGCUCCAGAAGAUCAUUAUCAAUGGCUCCUCCUCCCCGCCCUCCUCCUCGAGCUCCGAGGACGACCAGCACGACCGGCCCAAAGUCGUCCCCUUCACGCCCUCCGAAGCGAUCGAGAAAAAGAAGAAGGAGAAGGACAAAGAUAAGGAAAAGAAGAGGAAACAGAAGCAAUUCGAUUUUCCCAACUCCCCCUCCACUAGCGCCGGCUGGGAGGAGGAGGUGGAGGGGGAGAGAGAGCCGGAGGGGGAAGAGGAGUACCCAGAGGACAUGGGCGUCUCGAUAGGCACGGGCGUGGUGCUGCAGUGCCAAGUGAGAGCCAACCCGCCCGCACACCACAUCACCUGGUAUCAUGAGGGCCUCCCACUGACCCCCGGCUCGCGUCCUGGGGUCGUCGUUGGCAACAUGAGCGUGGUCGUCCCCAGGGUCUCGACGGAGGACGCGGGGGCCUACACCUGCACGGCCCACAACACCGAGGGAACUGCCAGGAGCAAUGCGAUCCAGCUCUUCGUUAGACAUGGGCCGCAGUGCCGCCGGUCCACCGCGCAGGUGGUGGGCGUGCCCCGCCAUCACGCCGUCAACAUCACGUGCGAGGUGACUGCUUACCCUCCGCCCACCACCUUCACGUGGGCGCUGCGGUCCUCCCGGGGCGUGCUGCCCGUGCCGUCGUCCAUGGUGCGCUCGGAGGGCACCGCGUCCUGGAUGAGCUACACGCCCCGAGCCACGGUCGACUUCGGGGAGCUCCUGUGCUAUGCGAGCUCCGCUUUGGGCCGGCAGGAGCGCCCCUGCGUCACGAAGCUCGUUCCUGCCGACAAGCCCGAUCCGCCCGAGGCCUGCGGGGUGACCAAGCGGACGCCGAACGCCCUCACGGUGUCCUGCACGCCCGCGCACGACGGCGGCCUGCCACAGACCUUUUUUAUGACGGCGUUCGAGGGCGGCGCCACGGUCAGUAACUCGAGCAGCGCCUCGUCCGUCGUCACCGCCGGGAACCUCCGGCCCUCCACGUCAUACACGCUCACCCUCUGGUCCGCUAACACUCACGGCUCGAGCGCUAGAGUCGUCCUCCAAGCCUCCACCUCCGCCUCAAACGCCUCCGGGACCACGACGACCUCCAGCAUGAACGGCCACGACACGACCUCCUUGGGGAAGGACAAAGGCGUCUUUUCCCAGCUGGGGUCGUCUUUGCUCGCCGUGGUCAUAGUGGUGACCCUCCUGGGGGUCGUCCUCGGCGUGGUGGCGGGAGUGCUUACCCAGAGGGCCGUGGCGGUGACCAGAGUCGAGGUAGAGAAGGAAGACGACCUUGAAAGAGGAGCAGGAAUCAGGAGAGGAAGAGGAGGAGGAGGAGGAGGAGGAGGAGGAAGAGAAAGAGAAGUUCGUCUGGAGGAAGGGGAGAGAACGAGGAGCGCCGAGAGAGAAGAGAGGAGGAAGAGGAGGAGGAGGGAGAGCCCCCCUCAGGCAGCGAGCGCGGGGGCGAACCCCAGCGAGCUGAACAACCGGCGCCAGGUCGUCUCGCUUCGUGGAGGCGGAAGACUCCCAGACGACCAAAAAAACGACCUGUGGAAGCCGCCCCCUGUACGCUAUGAUAUCGUCGCCAUCGCCGCCGUCAGGCACGAAACCCCGCACAUCUACGACGACCCGAUUGCAAUUAGACCACAUCAAGAAAACGACGAAAAUGAAGAAGACAAAGAUAGUGAUAUUGUUAAAGUUAUCCCUGAAAUCAAGCAGUACCCUACGUUUUCUCUGACUGCCGCAGACUGGGACUUCCGCAAUAAAUCCUUUUCGUGGCAUCUGCCCAACUCCAGGCUGCUGCGGACCAAGUCAGACGUCCGUUCGCCCAACCGAGGCUCUCCCAGGAAGCCUCUCAGGGUCGAGUCUCCGAAACUGCCCAAUGAGGAGAGCCACGAGGAGAGGAAUAUCGGCGAGGUGGACGUCUCCGGCGUAAACGGUCCCGCGAGGAGGUCGAAGGGCCCGUCGAACGUGGAAUUCAGACUGAUCCUCGUUCCAGAGACCAGCAAGAUGCUCCAGGUCGCCCUCGAGCGAGACACGAGGCUGAUAUCUUACCUGUCCAAAGACUCCCCCUCGAAUACUUUAUCGAGCCAGAAGUUCCCGACCAUCGCAGAAGUGGAGGACGAAAUGAAGUGCGUCAGCUCGGACGAAUGCUCCUCUCCUCUAAUCGACAUUGACGAAUCGACGCCGAUGAUCCCCACCAAACGACCAGAAUCUCCAGUUCUCGCAUCCUGCUUGAACAGCGUCGACGUAGGAACUACGCGGAGGGUCACCUACGCCUUGAAACCAAUACGCGAGCAUCCGGACGAGGGAUUGGCGUCGGCCUUCGAGAACGACGACAGCGACUCGCCUCGCAGAGCGACGUCGCCGAAGCCUCAUGGCGACCUGGCUGCUCCAAGGGGCCUCCAAAGGUCUCCCUCGUGCCCAACACCCUCAAAACUCAUGCAAGAGACGUACAGAAAGAGAGAUCUCAGACCUUCACAACGACCCCUCGAGCAAGGGACGGGCAGAAGGGGAAGUCCUUCUCUACCUCUAGUGGGGAAGUUAGGGAGACGACACGCGUUCAGACCCGUGGAUCGGCCUAGCCACGCCCCGCCAGCGCCGCCCGACAAGAGAAGAGCCGAGGAUCAGAUGGCCACUGAAUCCGCCGCCCCCAGCUCCUCGUCGGCGCUAAGAAAGCCCAAGCUCGGCGUCACCUCCCUCAUCCCUCCCUCUUCCCCCUCGUCAUCGUCGUCGUCCUCCUCCUCCUCCUUUUCUUCUUCCUCCUUCUCCUCGUCAACCUCCUCUCUUUCCACCACUUCUUCCUCCUCUGCGAAGAGCGGCGUCCGACGAGCUAGAGAAACCCCGACCUCCCCCCUUGCCGAGGCCGUGCGGAGGUCGCCCUUCAGGAGGAAGUUUCAGGGUCAGAGGCUAAGGCCGCGGAGUGCGCAUGCGCCGAUGACGUCCGGGGCCGAGCACGUCCUCCAGUGCUGCCUCGAGGGGGAGGAGGAGGAGGUGCCCCGUCGAGGUCUGUCGGCCUCUACCCCGUCGUCCCCUCGAUCUUCCUCUUCGUCAUCCUGCUUCCCAUACUCCUCCUCGUCUUCUUCUCCCGUGUCCUCCUUCUACUCGUCCUCCACCUCACUCUCCAUCUCAGCCUCCCUCUCGUCCCAGUCUACCUCCGCUUCCUCCUUCCAGUUCUCGUCGUCCUCCUCGUGCUCGACCAUGUCCAGCUCGCCCGUCUCGUCCUUCCUCUCGCCCUCCCUGUCGGCGCCCUCCUCCUCCUCCGUCCUCUCCCUCGCUUCCUGCUCCACCUCCCCCGACUCGGCGAUCUCGGGCCACGUCACGCCCUCCUGAGGCUCCCUCGACGGCGGCGACGACGAGGUCACCCUGGGGAGGACCUGCUAGUGUAAAUAGUGUACAGGGUGGGGCGCUGGCGUGCUUCCGGGGGCGAUGUCUUUUAGUGUCUGGCUGCGCUUGAUCUGGCGUGGCCCUGAGUAUGGGUGAACGGACAUCCUUGUACAAAUCUGUUUAUGUACAAACAUUUUAUUUUAAAUGCAUAUAUAUAUAUAUAUAUAUAUAUAUAUAUAUAUAUAUAUAUAUAUAUAUAUAUAUAUAUAUAUAUAUAUAUAUAUAUAUAUAUAUAUGUAUAAAGACUUAUAUAUACAUAGUACGUCUGAGGGUAACGAAAACGUGAAUGACUGCAAGAAUCAGGGUUGUUACUUUAUGUGCAAUACUCACAUUAGUUACUAUUGAGAAGAGUCGUUUUCUAUGAUUCUAAAAUUAUAAAAUUUAAUAUCCAAAGAAAAUGGGAAUAUUUUGGCCACAGGCGCUUUUGAUUUUUUUUCUUAUAUAUUUUGUAUUAGUAAUUAAAAGAUCCUGAAUGCUGGAGAGAAAACUGCAUUUUUUAGUACUAGACAUUAUUACCAAAUGUAUAAAAGCUUUAUCGUUGUAUAAUCUUUUGAAAUACAUUUUUUUUUACUCUUGU